CUACAAAAAACGGCCUUAUUUUAAAUAUAAUUAUAAAUACUCGAGAACAAUGUCUUUUCUCGUUAAACACCGAUUAUCGAAAAUAUUUCAACCACUUAAUAUGCCGGCGAAAUCAUCGAAAAUAACGUCGAAAAGUUUAAAGUUAAUGCUCGAUCUGGGAUUCAUCCAAAACUCGGUACCUGGUUGUUUCAAUUUCCUACCGUUGGGAAUCAAAUCCUUGCAAAAAUUAACCAAAAUAAUCGACGAAGAAAUGUCGAACAUAGGCGGACAGAAAAUGCUAUUUCCCAGCCUUAUAAACACCAAAUUAUGGAAUGACAGCGGUAGAUUAGAAGAAGCCGGACCGGAAUUGUUCAAGCUACAAGAUCGCCAUCAAAAAUCAUACAUAUUGAGUCCCACACACGAAGAAGUGGCCACCGAAAUGCUAUCUACACUUUCUCCAUUAUCGUACAGAGAAUUCCCAUUGAAAUUCUACCAAAUCUCCACGAAAUUCCGGGACGAAAUCAAACCGAGAUUCGGGCUGAUGAGAGGCAGGGAAUUCAUCAUGAAAGAUAUGUAUACGUUCGAUAUUGAUUUAAACAGCGCCAAAAAAACCUACGAGGAAGUUUGCGAAAGCUACGAGAAUAUAUUCAAAACGAUCGGAAUGGAUUUCGUCAAAGUCUUGGGGAAUUCGGGAUUGAUGGGGGGACAUUUAUCACACGAAUACCAAUUCAAAUCGUCCAUAGGCGAAGAUAAUUUGUUGCAUUGUGAAUCUUGUGAUUAUUACGUGAACGCCGAGCUGUGUGAGGACCGAUCGAAGUGCCCCCAAUGCGGAGACUCUAAUAAAAUCAAAGUGCAUUCCGGUAUUGAAGUAGGCCACACGUUCUUGCUCGGCGAAAAGUAUUCCAAACUAUUAAAUACCAAAUACAUUUCGAUGAAUCAGGAAUCGAAAGUAUUGCAAAUGGGGAGCUACGGGUUAGGUAUAAGUAGAAUGUUGGCUGCUUGUCUUGAAGUGUUAUCGACUGAUUCGGACAUGAGGUGGCCUAAUUCGAUUGCGCCUUAUAAUAUCAUUAUUUUACCGGCAAAAGAAGGCAGUAAAGAGGAGACUUUGACGAAAGGUGUGCCGGAAAAAGUGUACUCGUUUUUGGAGGAAAGAAUACCAGAUUUGAGAGAUAACAUUUUACUAGAUGAUAGAACUGGUUUAACGAUAGGAAGGAGGCUUUUAGAGGCUAAAAGAGUGGGAUACCCGUUUAUUGUUGUAAUUAAUAAAAGGACAUCGGAAGAUAGUUCGUUAGUGGAACUAUUUCAUACUAAAACAAAGCAAACUAUGUACUUGACUUAUGAAGCUUUGUUGGAUUAUAUUAAACAAAACGUUCAUUAAAUAAUGUAAGGAUAACAGGUUUUGUUAUUAUUUUGUGUAAAAUAAACUUGAACGAUGAUAAUGAAUUACAAAAAAAAGUUAGUAAAAUUGACAGGUUCAAAUAAGUUAGAAAAAGAAGUGAAAUGGACAUUAUCGCUGUCCUUUUCCUCUUAGAACUUAUCGGUGGAACUCAAGCGAUUGAUUUUAAACCGUACUCCGAGCAGAAAAACUGUCGUUUCUGACACACCUGGUAGAUAUGCCAGUGCCAAAAUGCGCUGUUUUGCAUUCGGAUAAGUUCCUGAAUCAACAAUUCCUCGAUCUAGAAGUUUUGCCGUUCUUCAAAUCGAACAGAGGAAAGUCUUCGGGUAUCUUCGGCCUCAAUCUGGACUUGGAACGGUUCUUUAUCGGUAUAAUUCACGUACUGGGAAUAUUCAUAAUGGUCGGAUUCUUAGGACUCGCCUAUAAAGUUUACGAAACUGCCAACAGGAAUCGUGCACGUACGAAUACAUCUGUUUAGUUCAUUUAAACGAAACUAAAUUGUUGAUGUAAUGGAACCUAUAAGAUAAGAAUAAUAAUGUAGAAAAUUGUUUCUACGUCUGUAUGUAAAUAUCUUCCGAAUAAUAACUUUU